CCUUCCCUCGCUGCUCUUUAAGUAAUAAGGCGGAGGAGAGGAGUGCAGAGUCCGGGCUGAUCGGAGGGAAGAUGUCCGGGGAGGAUCCGCACACCUUCUAUCAGCUCCUUCCUAAAGUGGAGCUCCAUGCCCAUCUAAAUGGGUCAAUAAGUUCUGCCACCAUGAAGAAACUGAUGGCUCAAAAACCUCAUCUUCAUGUGGAAAAUGGGACGACCAUGAUAGAAAAGGGACAGAAAAGGACCUUAGAGGAAUGUUUUCAGAUGUUUAAAAUAAUCCACCAGAUAACGGAUACAGCUGAAGACAUAUUAUUGGUCACAAAAGAUGUUAUUAAAGAGUUUGCUGCGGACGGUGUUAAAUACUUGGAGUUAAGAAGCACGCCGAGAGAGACCUCCACAGGGAUGACGAAGAGAUCUUAUGUAGAGACGGUGCUUGAAGGCAUAAAACAAUGUAAAGAGGAGGAAGUGGACAUUGAUGUGAGAUUCUUGUUGGCCAUUGAUAGAAGAGGGGGUCCAACUGUUGCAAAAGAAACUGUCAAGCUUGCCGAAGAAUAUUUCCAUGCCACCAAUGACCUGGUUCUAGGUUUGGACCUCAGUGGGGACCCAAGAGUUGGACAUGGAAAAGACUUCAUGGAAACUCUCACGGAGGCUAAGAAUUCUGGCCUGAAAUUGGCUCUCCAUUUGUCAGAGAUCCCAACCCAGAGAGAGGAGACGGAACUUCUGCUUACUAUUCCCCCAGACAGAAUCGGACAUGGAACAUUUCUGUGUAAUUCCCCAGGUGCAGUGGAAAUGGUGAAAGAAAAGAAUAUCCCUAUAGAGCUCUGCAUUACUUCAAAUUUCAAAGGACAGACUGUUCCCUCCUAUGACAAGCAUCAUUUUGGCUUCUGGUACAACUUGGGUCAUCCGUCUGUACUGUGUACAGACGACAAAGGUGUCUUUUCCACGGAUCUUUCUUUGGAGUAUGAGAUUGCUGCUAAUACAUUUAAUCUGAGCCCUCAUCAAGUAUGGGAUCUUUCAGCUCAAGCGAUUGAUUACAUUUUUGCACCCAACGAUAUCAAAUCGCGUUUAAAGGAGAAAUGGUCAUUGCUAAAGCCAAGUGUGCUCACACAUGUGAAGUAAUAUGAAGUAAUGGCACCAGCUGACAUCUAUACUCAGGGGUACAGAAGCAAUAUUGUGUGAAUUUCAAAGAUACUCAGGUUCACACCAUCUACUGAAUUUUAUAAAACUUUAAAGACGUCCAUUGAUCUACUUUGGUGUGUGGUGAGGCUUGUCCCAUCAUACCGCAGGUCUACCAGUUUAGAGUACAGAACUUUACAUUUCUAGGUCCUGCUUUACUAGAACUACUUUAGUUAAAGCCUGGAUUGGGGGCAGGCCUCAUAGGUUUAGGCCUAGAUUGACAUGACUGAUGUAGGUGGUUUGUGUAUCGUUUUAUCACCAAGUUAGUCAUGUGUAAGCUCAUAACAGGACUUGUUCUUCAUCAUGGACAAGCAUGGAGCUUGCAGUAAUAAGCAGUAGCCUGCAGUAAUAAGGAAUGUUAUAAUGGUGGGGUAAUAAAAACGAUGUUUUGUGUGGGGAAGGCCCCAGUAAUCUAGUUCUGGUUUUGCCACUGCAGAUCGUCAAUCCCCUAGCUGUCUAGGGAAUAUAUAUACACAAAUAAAUCUGCAGUGAGGUGGGACUUGGAAACAUUCAGGGCCCUCUAAACUAUGUAUGGUACAGUGCCCUGCAAACCAGUAUACAGUGCCCAAAAUAUAUAUAGGUCCUUCAGGGACCUUUGGUUAUUAGCCACUUCCAGUCCAAGCCAAUUCUAGCAUUCCUUUCCUAAAAAUCAUAAUAAGUUCCUCAGAACCCCCAAACAUUAUAUAUGUUUUUUUAGCAAAGACCCUAGAGCAGGGUUUGACAAAUUUGCUUGGAAUCU